AUGUCGCAUUUAGGAAAUAACAAUCUUUUGAAUAACGAACAGCAUGGAUUUUCUAAAAAAAAAUGUUGUGCAAACCUUAUAAAAUCUAUGGAUCUAAUAACUCAGGCAAUGGAAGAAAAUUUACCAGUAGAUAUCAUUUUCCUAGAUAUGAAAAAAGCUUUCGACUCCCUGCCUCACAACAGAUUGGGUCUUAAACUAAAAAGUUAUGGAUUUAACAAUAAAGCAAUUAGACAGUGCAAAAAUUUAACAGAGUUUAAUGUAUUGUCUGCAACAACAAAGUUUCAAAUUGGUCUCCAGUUACAAGUGGAGUAUCGCAAGGCUCUAUAUUUUUUUGUUUACUGUUUGUUAAACAACUUACCGAAUGAGUUAUCAACAAAUGUAAAAUAUAUGCUGACGAUAUUAAACUAA